UGGAGUUUGGGAUCGUCUUCCUCUUCAUUGGUCAAAUCAGUAAAAAACGGACCUAGAAGACACAUAAUUGCUGUAGGGUGUCUGUUUACUUUUCUAAAUGAUUGUAACAUCCCAAUAGUUAGUGUACAACCCCACAGACCUUUGUCAGGAAGACCUCGGGCUUGGGGGCUGGUAAUAGUAUAUUCGGAGUUGCUGUGCAUCUACAAGGGAUAGACAAUACAUCUUAACUGUGAACUACACCAUUUUGUCAGUUAUGAGGUUUAACAUAUCAAUACUAUUGUUUUGUUACCUUUGUAUUAGUGACAUCGUUGGACAAAACAACAAGAGACAACGGAGGUGCAGCUGGACCAAUUCUCUUAUUACGAGGCAAAGACACGCUCGACACACGGCUACCUGUUUUCUCACUUGAAGCAGGUCGAGAAAUGUCCUCUAAACUCCCUCUGGUUAUCUCCAUUCUGUUAUUUUAUUAAUCCGUAUUUCAAGUAAAGGUUUAAAAUUUGUCUGAGUCGCAAUUAAAUAGCUCUGAGUCCAUUAACACGGUAGUAACACAACUUGCCAAGGUUUCUCGCUUGUAUUGGUAACUAUGGACGAAAACUCUCCCGGAUGUUGUAACUAUGGAAAUAUGCGUUUGUUACUACGGCCAUCGGACGAGCGCGAGGCGGCGUAGUUGAUGCCUCAGCAGGCUAGCCUUUGGAGAGCUAGCUGUUAGCUGCUAGCCGUAGUGACGCCAGUCGACUCGCCUAACUGCAUUGUUUUUGUUACCUCAAAGACAUUUCAUGUCUAAGGCACAGCAAACACCUUGGUGAUAAAUGUCUUCAGUUUGACAAAGCGGGUGUGGAGGUUAAGAGGCCUUGCCGUUGUGGUAGGUAACGUUUACCGAAUAGCUAUUUUAAUGUCAAGCUAGCGUAACAUUAGGUAGCCUGUGAAGGCUAAUAUUGAUCAUCUCAGGUGAUUUACCAAACCCAAAUACGAAAAAUGUUUUCUGUGAUGAAGGUCGCUUUUUACUGUGAGAUGAUAGCAUAGUUGCUGCCUGGUUAUCAUCCGGAUGUUAUACUCUGAAUGUGAAAGUACUCUCUAAUGUUUUGGCCUUGUUCCCAUUUAUCUUCGGAUGUAGCUUUAUUAUAGCUAAUAAGGGAGCAUCGAAGCUGUGUGUAAUACUGUAGGAUGCCUCUGAGACGGAUCCAUUCAACAGUCUAUUCGGUAUUUUAUAUGUUAAACAGAAUCAGCCCAUGGCCUUUUCGAAGCUAUCAUUGAUUUUGAACUUAGCUAAAACGGGUGGGAUUGCUAUUAGUAUGAAAUACUGCCAGCUUUUGUGACGCUCAUACCGAUGUCUCAGUCUUGUCAUCGUACCACUGUCCCACGAUCACGCCCAUUUCUCUGGCAGCCGUCCAGGCUCUGCAGAGUACCUGCGCCAGGCAGGUGUAAGCAGAUGCUCAAGGCUACAGGCAAUUGCUUUGUAAGCGUGAUGCAUGAUGCAUUUAUACCCACGAAAAAGCAUGUUGUUUUUUCUGAUCUUAACAGGUUGAGUUGACUCUGCAGGGGAAGAUGAGCAAUGGAAUGGCAGAGUCAGCAUCGAAAGCCUUUCUGGCCCACACCUCUGCCACUAAACGAUCCUUCCUGUUGCUGUUGGUACUGACUGCAGUGUCCACUGGACAAGGGUCAGGUAAGAUACAGGAUUUAGGGUUACACUCUCAAACAAAGCAAAGCUGUGUUGACAAAUCAGUUGCUUAAUACAUUUUCUCAUAUAUUUUUAUUGUCAAACUAGAUAUAGUUUUUCUACAACAUCACUAGUGCUGAUACUCACCUGGUAGCACACAUCACAACACAGCCAGUCUGUAUGAAAUGCAGUGUAUUUGUUGGUUCCUGCGGUACCAUGCAACACCAGUGUUUUUCAAAGACGUGUAUGAAUUGGAUUUCAGUAAAAGUGGAUUACAGGCACUGGUAUUUCCCCCUACAUCAUGAAGAAAACCAGAACCAGUAUUGCAGCUGAAGCAUUGGCUGUUGCUUUAUUUAAUACGACUCAGUGUUUUUGUAAUGUUUUCACCCUUUAUGAGGAGCCAGUAAAGUCCCUUUUUUCCCAAAAGGUUUCCAUAGGUCAUCCAGUGUGUCCCUGUUACAAACCAGGCUCAAAAUAUUUGUGUUUAGUUUAGAUGUUUCACGGGAUUUUUUCUUCUUUCUCCAUCAAGGAUGUGUGAGGCCAGAAAUGGUCCAGAACAGCUGGGUAAAUCUCACAGAAACCAACAGGGGCUUGUUCCCUGUGGGCACAGUACUGCAGUACAGCUGUGACCCUGGUUACCUGCCUGAUGGACCCAGCAUUCUCACCUGCACCACUGUGGGACGCUGGACCUCUGACCCUCCUCACUGUAUACGUAGUGGUGGUGAGUUAUGUAUCCUUUCUUGAGGAACCAGUCUUCUAUACCACUGAAUAAAAUCCUCCCACUGUGACUUAUUUGAACAACCAGUUACAAUGCACUUUGUCUUUUGGAGGAUGUUAAAGCAGUUGUGGCACCCUGUAAAGAUAGUUUGUUUAUUUUUCCCUAUCAGCAUGUCCCCCUCUCUCCAAACCGGAGAAUGGAGGCUACACCUGCCACCCAACUUCUUGUCGAAUGUUUGCCCAUGGCACUGUGAUUGAGUUUUUCUGUGAUGAGGGCUUCAUUCUUACUGGGGAUUAUUACUACCUGACCUGUCAGGAUGGACAGUGGGACGGCCCCAUGCAGAUCAGCUGUGUGAGCCAAGGUUGGUCAGACCUCAAACUCCUAUCUGUCUGAAUGCAGUCUGUUGGCUGAAUCAUGCCCCAAAAUUAAGCACUGGUAAUUACAGGUAUUUAGUGUAAUUAUAAAUUUGUCUCUUUUUCCAGGAUGUAUACGGCCUUCCACAGUGCAGCACGGCAGUACAAAUUUGACAGACACCAACAGAAACUUGUUCCCUGUAGGAACAGUACUGCAGUACAGUUGUGAUCCAAGUUACCUGCCAGAUGGACCCAGUAUCCUAACCUGCACUUCACUUGGACGCUGGUCUUCUGAACCUCCCCACUGCGUGCACAGUGAUGGUAAAAACGAACCUCCCUGUAGAGCUUUUUGAUGAAAAAUUAAAUCUGAGUUCUCCUGUUAAUCUAGUGUGUGUCUCUGAUGUUUUGCUUGGGUGUCUGUGACAGGUUGAGCCUCAUUCCAUUAGCUGCAGCCAAGGAUAGUUAAAAAUGGCAAAUAAAAAAAAGAAACAAAAUCAUAUUUGAAGGCAAUACAGAGAGGUCCAGAUGCUUUGCCUGCUUCACUACCCACAAAUCCUUUAUUAUAGUGCUGACCUCUGAUUUUGACAUGUAUUAACGUAUGACAUGAACACUGAUAAAAAAGAAGAAUUGUUGUGACCAGGUAAUAAUGUAUUCGACUGCUGUCUCUUUUACAGGUUGUAUACGACCCUCCACUGUGCAGCACGGCUCAACUAAUCUGACAGAAACCAACAGGAGCUCAUUCCCUGUGGGCACAGUCCUGGAGUAUCGCUGUGACCCUGGUUACCUGCCAGAUGGACCCAGCACCCUCACCUGCAGCGCACUGGGACACUGGUCCUCCCAGCCUCCCCGUUGUGUACGCAGUGACGGUAAUGACAAAACUCCACUAAGCUCUCUCUGCAUUUCUGAAUCCUCCUGCAGGCAACAUAAACCCUCGUCACAUAUCCAGUGCUGUACUACAGAAUAAAUAACAUGAACUAUCAACAUUUUUGAGUCUGUUGGUGCUCUCAAUAAUAGCUGCACAGGUGGAACAACACAUUGUUCUAUUGCUGAUGUGUUUGUUGUUUUCCUUCUUUUUUUUUUCAAUGACAGUCUGCCAGCCUCCGUAUCAGCCAGAGAAUGGAGGCUACACCUGCCACCCCUCCACAUGUGGGAGACUUUCUCAUGGCACCGUGAUUGAGUACUUCUGUGAUGAGGGUUAUAUUCUGAAAGGAGAUUAUAAAUACUUGACCUGUCAGUACGGAGAAUGGGACAGCCAAAUGAAGCUCAGCUGCAUCAUGGAACAAGGUAAAAAGAAAAAGAAAAAAGAGUAACAAGCAUUUUACAAAUCAUACAAAUGUCUGUACAGAUGCAUGACAGUUAAUUUCCUCACAGAUCGUGAUCCAACUCUACCAUUGGGGAUGCCCGCCUUGUCCAUAGUGGCAUCAACAGCCAGCUCAGUGGCACUGAUCCUGCUGCUGGUUGUGCUGUUUGUACUUCUGCAGCCCAAACUCAAGUCACUUCACAGGUAAAUCUGCCCUCUUAUCAUGCCUCACUUCUUAUAUUUUAAGGUCUGUGUCUACAAAGCUUUAUUUUUCAGGCUUAAAAGAUCUGGAGAAAUGCUGGAACGUGUUUAGAUUAAGAACCUGUGCUUUAUUUACUGAUCCUAGUAGAAAAUGUAAAGGCUCUCCCAUAAUGCAGCCCUUUCUGUCUACAAAAGUGCACUGUGCAUGUAGCACAGUAUUUAUGAAAGCAAAGUAUUGGCAGAUGUUAACUUUCCCAUGAUCCUCUUCAUCCAGACGUGAUCAGGGUGUGUCUGGCCAGCCCAUCUCCAUCAUGGUGGAAGGAGUCCAGGUGACUCUGCCCUCGUACGAGGAGGCUGUAAGCGGAGCCUCAGCUUCGGCUCUCAGCUCUGAGUCGCGAGUCCAGAUAGUGCUAUCAGAGGGUCAACAUGCCACAACGCCAGAGGCUGGCCCCUCUCGGCCUUCUUCUUUCAAACAGCAGCAGUCAGAGAUGGCUGUUGUUCACCCUGUACCACCCUCCUCCUCUUCUCCAUCACCCUCUCCUUCAUCCUCCACCUGGGUCCUGGAGCAAGUAGGUGCUGCUGCUCCUUCAUCGUCAAGAAGAAGGCCUUCUGUGGGCAGUGACCAACACAGCCUGUCUCUGGACACUGAGAUGGACUACUCUGAUGGUAAAACCCCUUUUAGAUUCACUUUCAACUCCUUCAAAAUAACAGUUUGAUUCUGACCUUUUUUUUUUCAUGUGCUGUCCAUAGAUAUGCCGUUACUGAAGGAGGCCUGAAAAUGCUGCAGCCUUUUGACUUUACAGAGAAACACAGCACUUCGUCAGACCUGUUGUGAUGAGCAGGGCGCCUCAUGAGAGUUUGUCAACACAGCUGUCAACACAGAGCCCAACAGGAGAGGCUCUGAGUGAAGCUGUGAGUCACGCUGAAGAUAUCCUCUGACCAUCCCAAAGGAGAAAGGAGAAGAGAUUCACAUGUACAUACAUGCUUACAUUUUUAUAGGAAUUUCCACACUGUGUAUGUACGUUUAAUGUCGGGAGCUGGGUUUGAAUUGUAGAGCUAAGAACAGGCAUCACUGAAUGGGCUAGAAGGUCUUUUUGGAAAAACUGAAUGGGAGAAGCUGCAAACUCAUUUGGGGGAGCUAAUAAUCUCACCAGUGUCUUGAUAACUUUCAUAAACCACAUAUCGCACCACGUUUGUAAAGAUUCAUUAAGUCAUGCACCCUUCAAAGGAUUUCUCGUGAUCAUGAAUCGUUCUUUAAGGUGUUUGUAAUCAUGACUUGAAUCUUUCCACAAGCUGUUUGUCCACGCAAGUAUUGAAUAUGACAUGAUUUCUUCAUCUGAUUGUGGGCAAACCUACUUAGGAUUUUUUUUUUCACGUAUGCAUUAAGUACAUUUCAUCCUUUCUGAGUGUCCAAAAGUAUUACCCUCAUAUUCACACAUGCUCCCAAUGGCCUUAGCUUUCCACUUCUAUGCACAAGUAUCUAGAAUAUGUGAGAUAAGGACUUUUAAAAUUGAAUGUCAGUAAAAUGCCUCCACUGCUUGGUGAUGUUUUGCGUGGCUUUGUCUGACGCAUCACUUGUACAACAGAAAAUAUUGUUUUCUUAAUUUAUGCAGGCUGCUUGGAUAGUCCUGUUUCUAGUCUUAACAGGAAGUUGUGUAUUUAAUUUAUUUGUGUCCAGAAUGCUGUUGAUCAGCCAUGGCUUCUUUUGAUGCUUCCACAGCUCUCAGAGAAAAAAAAAAAAAAAGUCUUUUCACUUUGUCACUUCAGUUCUGAUCUUUCUGCAGGAACGUUAUUUGUGUCAUUGUAAACAUGAACGGGAAGGGACAGCACAAAAAUGAUGAAGUGUACAGAUUUGUGUAAUGCCAGUGGUGUUUUUUGCUUUCUUUUGUUAAGAUGUUUCUUAAAUGUAUGUAAAAAGUUCUAAUUUAAGUUUACUCUGUAUAUAUACCAUAUGAAGACCAUUUUGAUUAAAUAUUAUUUCAGGUGUUGAGCUUGGC